ACAGCCUACACAGACAAGAUCAAGGAGAUGUCCAUGCUGUCUCUGCUCUGCUCCUGCUUCCACACGCAGCCACAUCCCAACAGCCUCUAUCAGUAUGGAGGCCUGGAGGUGAAGGGCUUGAACAAGCGUGCAUCGGGCCAGUCUUUUGAGCUGAUCCUGAAGGAUCCAGAUCAGUUCAAGGACAAACCCCAGAAUCAGCCCCUGCCCUCACCCCCGAAGAAGGAGGUGUCCCUGGAAGAGCUUCAGAAGAGGCUGGAGGCCGCUGAGGACAGGAGGAAGUCCCAGGAGGCCCUUGUGCUGAAGCAGCUGGCAGAGAAGAGGGAGCACGAGCAGGAAGUUCUCCACAAGGUGCGUGAGGAGAACAACAACUUUAGCAAGAAGACAGAGGAGAAGCUCUUCCAAAAGAUGGAGGUCAUUAAGGAGAACCGGGAGGCCCAUCUCAAUGCGCUGAAACAGCGGCUGCGUGAGAAAGAAGUCCACGCCGCCGAGGUGCGCAGGAACAAGGAGCUGAAGGCUGACCUCUCUGGCUGA